GCCGCGGGAGGAGGUACAGCGCGCGCCUCUCUCACUCUUCUAUGGACCAGCGUGACUCUCUCCUACGGGCGCGAGACAGUGAGAGUGAACGGUAGAGUGGGCGUGUGUGUACCUGCCCGCUGUGUGUACCUGUGUGUACGUGUGUUGUGUGUGCGUGUUUCGUCACCACCACCCACACACACACCUGACAAUUGGCACUCCCGGACAGGCUUGAGCUGAAGACGUGCUGGGCGGCGCGGGCUUGUCUCAACACGGCGGGACCUCAGAUCUGAGUGAAGGGCGCGGGCAGAGGUCAGCCGCGACACUCCAACAAGAGAUGUGACAGAGAGCCGUACAUGCUUCCCGGGGUGUUGCUGGAGGCAUGAUCGUGACGCCGAGCUACAGUCGCGAGGUGGGGGAUGGCCCCCAGGGGCGGCUGGUGGGGGGCCGCGUGCCCUCCCUGGGGCUGCCGGAUCCCCCCAGCGCGGCCUUCAAGCCCGAGGUGGGCGGCGUGUUCAAGGGCGGCCUCGGCAGCGCCUUCGACCACAACAAGAACAGCGUGAGCGACAAGGACGGAGGGGGCGGCGGGGGGCUGGGCCCCCUGCAGCUGGGGCACCACCUGCAGCCCUUCACCGCCCCCUGGCUGGCCGAGGUGGCGCACAUCACCCCCGCCCCCCGCCCCGACCACCUCCCCUUCCCCCAGCCCCCCACCCACCCCCUGCCCGAUUACUACCCCCACUUCCCCAGCCUGGCGCACCGCCCCCCAGGCUACUACCCACACCCCUUCCUGCCCCCCGCCUCCUCCAGCCACUUCCUGAGGGACUUUCAGCGACACGCCCACCGCCCCUACCCCCCCUUAGACCCACGACCUCCCCUGGAGCGGCCCACCCCCGUCAGCGGUGCCGCCAGCCUCGUCCGCCCUCUGGGGCCCCCCAGCCUCCGGGGGCUGCACCCCGACCCCCGCGACCUGCGUGAGGCGCCGCACCCCGCCAAGCUGCGGCCACGCCCCCCCGACCUGACCCUACCUGUCAGCCCCAGCGGCCCCGCGGGGGAACCCUCCCCCCGAGGACCCCACGGGGAGCCCAGCCCCAAGCGGCGGGCGGGGGGCGGCGCCUUCCCCAUGCCCGCCCCACGCUCCCCCCGCGCAGCCCCGCGCGCCCUCUCCGGGCCUGCCGCCCCCGCCCCUGGCCCGGGGCCCCCUGUGUCUUCACCCGUGGGCCCCGCCACCUCGGGGGCCGCUGCCCCCACCAUCCCCACCACCGCCGCCUCUGCUGCCGCCUCCACCUCCACCACCCCAUCCGCCGCCUCCGCCGCGGGCAGCACGGCCCCGCCCCCCGCCACCUCCGCGUCCAGCAGCACCCCAGCCGCCGCCGCCCCCGAGCCGCGCCCCGCCUCGCCGUACCACGCCCACUUCGCGCGCGGCGCGCUGGUGACGGUGGGCGCCAGCGUGCGGCGCGUGGAGGACCUGGAGACGCGGGACUUCCUGGAGGCGGCGCGCGCGGCGGAGGACCUCAUGCUGCACCCCAGCACCGUGGCUGCCAUCACUACCACGCCCGCGCGCCCGCACUCCUCCACCAUCACCUUCACCUUCCCCGCCACCAACUCACAGGUGUCUGUGGAGGCCGCGCUGGAGCACCCGUUCUUCGUGUUCCACCGCGGCUGGUCGUCCGUCAGCCCGGAGCGCACGCUGCUCAAGUACGAGCUGAAGGUGCGGCUGCUGCAGGUGGGCGACGUGUGCGUCUCUCUCACCAAGAAGGUGCCCGGCGCCGAGCCCCCGCAGCCCCCGCCGCCGCCGGCGCAGACCCAGGCCCAGGCCCCUGACGCCCAGGACACCCCGGGGACAGACACCACCACGCAGGCCACGCCCACAACAACCACCACCUCCACCUCUUCUGCUCCCUCUACCUCCACUACCUCCUCUGCUCCUUCCACUUCCACUGACGCCUCGGCUUCCUCCCCCGCCCCCGCCCCCGCCCCGGCCCCCGCCCCCCAGCCUUCCAGCUCACCGCCCCCCGCCAAGACCACAGGGGAGGACAACUCGUCGCCGCCUGCCAACGCCGCGGACCCCCGGGCCUGGGGUCGGCCGGCCACCGUGGCGGCCACGUCGGCGGCGGCGUCGCGAACCGGGUCUGGGCGGCAGCACUCCAGCGACGAGGCGGCGCAGCGCGAGGACAAGGACGGCGGCAGGAAGAGGCGCUGGUCAGACCCCGGCCAGACCACGUGACGGCCCCGCCCCGCCGCCCGCCACCGCCUGUCGCCAUAGUCGCCGCCGCAGCCGCAGCACCGCGCCCUAACAAGGUUUGUUGCCGCCGCGCCCAGCGGCGCCGCGUGGGGGUCCACCUGUAGCUUAUGUUUAAGGGGUCCAGAGAACAGCUUUGUUGUUGCCUGAAGGGCGGGGCCGCAGGGGUGUGGUCGUGGCGCAGCAGCUUGGUGCUCACCUCAGCGUGUCGGCGCCGCGCCCUGACUGUGUUACCUGAAGAUUCACAGCACACUUGGGUGGUGGUCCCUGAGAGUGUUCUCGCCGCCUCGGGGUCGUUACCUGGGUGUGGACAGCACACCCUGGCUGUUGUUACCUGAAGGGCGGGGCAGCACCCGCUAGUUGUUACCUGAGGGCGUCGCGGCGCCUGGGUGUUACCUGUGUGUAUUCCGGCGCCGCGGUUACUGUUACCUGACUGGCGGGACAGCACGCCCCGGGCGUGGUGACAGCCUGCCUUGGGUACUGGCCAAGGGCGCUGACAGCACCCGGGCGCUGCCUGAGCGUGUUCCCAGCACCGGUCCGUUCCCUGCCGGGGCGGGGCGCGGCGCGGCGCCCCGCGGCCCCGCCUGGCGGGAGCGUCGCUGUGUGUGUGUUGGUGUCCGAUGAGUCGUUUUCGAAGCGUUUUUUCAGUGUUUAGUGUUUAUGCUGUGUUUGUUGUAUCCAGGAGUUUGUCUCGUAAUGUGCUGGUUUCCAUGUCUUUCAUGAUCAUUGUGAUAACGGAGAAAGUAGAACACGCGGAGAACAGCCGCCGACGGGACGCACGGCUGCCUGUCUGUCUGUCUGGCUGUCUGUCCCCGCCGAGGAUGAAACACGUCGCUGUCCCCUAACGUUACGCCCCACCCACCCCCACGUACCGCCCCCGUCGCUGCAGUAUGUGUUACCUGCGGCAGCGGGCAGGACGCGCCGACCCCUGCCUCCCUCCCUCCCUCCUCUCACACCAAGCGCUGCCGCCCUCAUGUCCUGCCGCUCCCAACACACCUACGGGAGCCUCACACACACACACACACACACACACACACACACACACACACACACACACACACACACACACACACAUUGAAGUCAUAAUUCAAUAAGGAAAAAUUAUCUUCCCUUGUGAUCGUAGGGGACAAAAACACACCACACGGCUCAAGCCAAAAGUUUUAGCCAAGGAAACUUUAUAUUCUUUUCGGCAUUAGAAGCUUGUUGUGGCUCACAUAUUCAGGAAAAAGAUAAAAAAAAUGACAGCGCAGCGAGUAAAGAAAACAUUUUUCUGCCUGAGGGGGCAGCUCUAAUGCAAAACCAGAAAGUUAAUAAAAAAGAAUGCUAGAAGAAAAAGAAUGGCAGAAAAAGAUGGCUGAGAAAGCUUAAUCAGUUUAGGUUGGCGAGGCGUCUUGAUACACCCUUCAAGAAUAGAAAUAGACAACGCAGUGUACUUAUAAAAGACGGACACAGUGGCACUCCAGAACGUUUAAGAAUAGCUCACAUUGGCACCACAAACGUUUAAGAAAAGAGUAACAUUAGGGAACGUUUUCAGAAGAGGUUUUCACUCUGGACGAGGUGUAACUUAUUUAUCAUAGGAAAGGAGGCACUGGUUAUGUUGGCACUCCUAUGUUCUAUUGGCACUAAAGGAUUCUAUUGGCCUCCCUUCUUUCUGUUGACACAAAGGAUUAUAUUGGCACUCCUAGAAGCUUUGUUGAUACUCCUUAGUUCUGUUGUCGUGCAUUCUGUCGGUACUAACGGUUCUGUUGGCAUCCCUUCGUUCUUGUGACACUAGAGGGUUCUGUUGAGAUUAAGGUUAUAUAUCUUUUGAGUUCUGUUGGCACUAAAGGGUUCUGUUGGCACCCAUGAGUUCUGAUGGCACACCCUAGUUCUUUUGACUCUAAAAAUACGUUUCCAAUUCAUGUGUUCUUUUGAUACCAAUGGUUAUUUUUGAAGCCCUUUGUUCUCAGUGACUAAGGGUUCUGUUGGCACCCGUUUAUCCUAUUGGCGUCCAUUACUUCAAUUGAUACUCCUUAAUUAUGUUUGGCGUUCGUACACAUGGGUUCUGUUGGCACUCCUUAGUUCUGUUGGCACUAAGAAUCCUGUUGUUCUAAUUCUUGUGUUUUGUCGGCACCAAUGGUUCUGUUGGCACCCCUUUGUUCUGGUGGCACAAAACGGUUCUGUUGGCCUUAAUUCUCCUCCUCCUUUUCUACUUUUUUUUCUUCUAGUUCCUCUUCUUCAUAGUCUGCUUCCUCCUCCUCAUCUCAUUCUAGUUAUUGUUCUUCCUCUUCUUCCUCCCCUCCUCUUAUUCUUGUUCUCGUUUUUCUUGUUCUUUUUCUUCCUCUGUUUCCUCCUCCUCCUCCUCCUCCUCCUCCUUCAUCUAUUCUAUCCUGUCCUUCCACACGUAGAUCACUAGUAGUAGCGGUAGUAAACAGACACCCUCGCCAUAGCCCGACAGGUCUUCUGGUGUCUGUUCUUCCUAUGUAUUCCUAUGUAUUCCUCCUCUCCCUCCUCCUCCCCCACGAAAAUUUUAACCCAUUACUUAUUUUUUUCCUUCCCUUUGAAUGGGCUGCAAAAAAAGUCGUGACCGCGAGGAACAAACGAUCGGAAUAGACUUCGUUUUGGAUCCUAUAUUUGGAGGUUUUGAUUCCCCACGUAUAGAAUCCAACCCUGUCUAAGUGGAUUGGAUCGCGUGUUUCUCUCUCUCUCUCUCUCUCUCUCUCUCUCUCUCUCUCUCUCUCUCUCUCUCUCUCUCUCUCUCUCUCUCUCUCUCUCUCUCUCUCUCUCUCUCUCUCUCUCUCUCUCCUCUCUUUUUAUCUUCCCUUUCUUCCUCCUCCUCCUCCUCCUCCUCCUCCAUGUCUCGCCGGGUAACAGAAUUUUGACCCUCCUUUGGCCUUGUUCCUCCCUCUCAUUUUUUCCUCCAUCCCUUGUCACUCCUCCUUCUCCUCCCUCUUUCACUCUCCUUUCUCUCCUCUCUCCAUUCGUUUUCUUUCCUCCCUCCCAUUCCACAUUCUUUCUUCUUUAUUUCUCUCCCUUUUUCUCCCAUCGUUUCUCCCACUCCUCUUUCUCCCCUUCCCUUCACUUCUUUCUCUUUCUCUCCUCUCUCCUUUUUCUCUCUUCUCCCUCUGUCUUUUCCCUCCCGGGCUCUCCUUUCUCUCCUCUCACAUAUUUAUUUUCCUCCCAUGUCAUUCACCCCACUCACCUUUUUCUCUCUCUCUUUCCCUCUCUUCACUGUCCCUUCAUCAAAUUUAUGUUUCUCCUUUUCCUCUCAUCUUUUUUCCUCUUCUCUCUCUCCUCUUCCAUCUCUUUCCUCCCUGUCCCUUCAUCAUAUUCCUCUUUCCCUUUCCUCCCUUUCCCUCUUCGUCUCUUCCCUUCUCCAUUCUCUCCCUCCAUCUCUUUCCUCCCGGUUUCUAUCCCUUCAUCAUAUUCCUGUUUCUCCCUUUCCCCUUCCGCUGUCCGUCCACCCCCCUGUUUUUCCCUUCACUUCAGCCUCACAUCGCAGGCCGGUUUAUUCGUCUCUGCGGCCGCGACGGCGAGAGGCUGUAAACAAAGAUGAAUUAGUGAGCCCUGGAAAACGCGCGACCCACCCCGACCUGUGACACGGAAAGCCUCGCUAAUCUUUUUCUCUCUCUGUCGCUGUUUCUGUCUGUCUGUCUGAGGACGUGUUUAGUACGGGUAAGCGAGGGAGGGAGGGAAUACAGGUUGGAGAAAGGAAGGAAAGAAGAAAAGCGUUUAGGUGCUUUAUUUUUUUCUCUUCUCGGAAUGUUGGUGAUUUAGACUCAUCUAUUCUAUUAUUAGAGCAUCGAGCUUGUUAUUGCUGAUGGCGGCGUGCUUGUGUGUGGCUCGCGUCAGCACCGCCGCUGUGUGUGUGUGGAAGGGUGUCAGGAGUCAGGGGUCCCUCACACGGCCGUCGCUCCACGCUACAGCUCAGAGAAAUAGCCUUAUAGUACCGUUCACGCAGUAAAUAUCUCGGCGCUGCGUCUGUUUAUACGUCAUAACAUCCCACAGCGUGAAGGUUCUAGUGCGUCACUCCGUAGCGCCGCCGCAGUUCAGUUGAAGCUCGGGGAGAUAGCCUGUGCCGCGGCCUCCCCUUUGCUUCCUCGUGUCUAUUCUUGGGUGGUUGUAGUCCGCUGCUUUUACCUUUUACUCCCAGAACUCAUACAGUGCCGCGGCGUCCCUGCCAUCUUCAUGCUUUAAUUAACAGAGCGGGUCACAGGAGCGCCUCGCGAAGCUCCAUCCCAUUAGGGUCGGUGUUGUCAGACGCUUCCACCCCCCACACACCAACUAUUCUCAAAGGCCGAAAGGGAGAUCAAUCGGGUUCUAAUGCAUGUUUUUUUAUUAGGUUCAUGGUACAGAGGAAGGGUUACACUACCACCAGGGUCAUUAAUUUACUAGAAAUCCCCACAACUCCCACGAAAGCCUUGUCAAAUAAAUGUGCUUGUGAGCGGAAAUGUUUAAGAAUAUGAGCCUAGGUAUCCUCACACCAGAAAAGUAUCUUAUUCCUUACGUGCAUGUGUGCUGGUGUGUUCGGUGUGUAUACUUUGUUGCCAAAAUGAAGCGCGGGGUAUGUGAAAGUUAAAGAGCUUGUCAUCAUCUUGUCUGCGUUCACUGUUCAAGGUGUUGGUGCCGCUUGUAAUCACGAACCGCCGCUAUGCUCUGCGUGGGUCAGGUUUGUUUCUCUUGUCAUAGUGUGUGUAGAGCCUUUACGGAGAAACACAGCUCGUUCGCUGCUCGCCUCAGAUCAGUGUUAAGUUGCCAAAACAAUUUUUGCCGCGUGUUGAGCUCGGCGUUAUGUUUUAAACUCAACGAGGCGUCAGCGUGUGGUCGCAGCCGUGGCGUGACCAGUGUCCCUCUGUCGCUGUUUUGCCUGGCUGAAAGUGCCAAUUUUUAAUAAGUGCCAAGCCAAUUAACUUGUAAUGGUGCCAGUCAGCCUUGUUGGCCUCGCUGGCGGCGGUCACUUUUGUAUGAGCAGUGUGCUUGUCUCUCUCAGUGCCAGGCUUGUGAUGGUAAAGGCGUUAUUCUGACCAGGGAAGAGUGCCACUAGCCAUGAUAACUAGUGAUAUUAGAUCAGUGCCAACUAGCUGUCAGUGAACACGUCUAACCCCGAAUUAGUGCCAGUGACCAGGGAAGAGUGUCAGCUUUUAUAGAGUGCCCAACAGCGAACUCAGCCAUUAUUAGUGCCAGUCUUAACCAUGAGAGGUUUAAGAGUGCCAGACUAACACAACAUACACUUGACACCCAUUCCUUGUGCCAGGCUGACCAUUAGUGCCACUGUGAUACUACAGGGUUGAAUCUGCCAAGUGAGUGCCAUUGUGUCGACCAUUACAUCAGGUCGCUGCCUGGGUAUAUGAGUGCCAGGCCAACACAACAGAUAUUUGACAACCACUCUUAGUGUCAUUGCCGACCAUUGCUUUGUGGUAGUUUGUAUAAUCAGUCUGUCGUCUUCACAAAGUUACGAUUGAAACACACACACACACACACACACACACACACACACACACACACACAAACUCUCUCUCUCUCUCUCUCUCUCUCUCUCUCUCUCUCUCUCUCUCUCUCUCUCUCUCUCUCUCUCUCUCUCUCUCUCUCUCUCUCUCUCUCU